ACAUUCUCUAACUUACCUGUUCUACCUGCAAGUAGCCCGCACGUCAAGCUACGUGGAUGACCCAGCGUUGAAAUCACCGCUGAAUUCCCUUUUCAACAGUUUUCGAUCGCCCUUUAAGAUCCGUGAACAGAGAUUCCGACGAAAAGUACCUGUCCUUUUUUUUCCAAUUCCUUGUGAAAAACCUUUGUGUUAGUGCGAUCGACUCAGCGUUCAGAACUCGUUGUGUAAUUGUGUAUCCAGUAGUGUUCUUUGGAAUUUAGGUGUGUUUCUUGGCCAAAUUCCUUCGAUUCGAGCGGAUUUUCGUCGAUUCCUGCAGAAAAAUGGUGUUCAGCUGAUUUCCGAUAAUGCCAUGCGGUCAUCCUAAUUUUAGUGCAAAAAUAUAGAAAAUACAAAAAUGACUGAAACCACACCCAUCUGCAGAUGUAGGGUGCUGUACCUUGGCAGCUCGGUACCACAACAAACCAAAGAUGGUCUUCAGGGGAUCCAAGAACCCCUACAGGAGCUAUAUCCUGACCAAGGUGCCACAGGAGCUAAAGGAAUAGAUAGCUGGUUGAGUGUUUGGAGUAACGGAAUCCUAUUGGAGAACGUUGACGAGAAUCACAAAGCUGUUACUAGGUUUUUCCCCAUAGAAAGUUUGCACUACUGUGCUGCAGUGAGAUAUGUUCUAGUCCCAGAAAAAAAUACCUUACAUAGUCCCAGCCCGAGAUUUCUACCCUUGGAUUCACCAUUCGCUCGCACGCCAAACGUAACGCACCCCCCACUUUUUGCCGCCAUAUUGAGGAGGACCACAGGCAUCAAAGUACUUGAAUGCCAUGCCUUCAUCUGUAAAAGGGAGGUUGCAGCGAAUGCCUUGGUGCGGUGUUGCUUCCAUGCUUAUGCUGACUCUUCGUAUGCCAGACAAGUUGAUACUGCUGGUAGUAUCUAUGGCACGCUGGCAUCUGAAGGAAUAAGUAAUAGAGAUAAAUUGCAGGAAUGGAAAGCGAACCGGUCGUCUUCUGGUUCCACAAUGACGAUAAACACCAUAGGAAAUAACCAAGAAGAAGAAGAGAGUAUAUAUAAUGAAGAUGAAAAUCACAAAGUUUGGGGAGGAUCUCAGGAUAAUAUCGACGGCAUUUAUGAUGUAUAUAACAAUACAUCCACUUUGAGCCGGCCGUCAAGACCAAGACAAAUCUCACAGCCUGUAGCUGUUCCUCCGCCACCGAUAAAAGAAAAGAAGAAGACUAAGGAGAAGAAGAAGAGCUUGAGUAGCUCCAGGGAAGACCUCUACCACCCGCUUAUGAAUGGAAAGAUGCACAAUCCUGCUAAAGCUAGCAGUAUAGCCGGAACCAUGAUGAAAUCAUCCCGAGGACCUCCAAUGCCUCAACAGCCAAUUUAUAUUAUGGCUCCACAUCCAGGGACUCUUCCAAACCCUAAGUACCUCAAACAGUACGGCAACACCUUUUCUCACCGACCAAGAGGGAAGAUGCUCAUACCUGCCCGCCCGGUGCCUCCACCUAUGGUACCUUUAGCGCCUGUCAUCAUACCUACAACCCUCCAAAGGAACAAGAAGAAGUCUAAACAUAUGGAGGAGCCGAUCUAUAUGCCCAGCACUAGAGCAAUGUCUCCGGUAGCCAGCUAUCAACCAGUUAAUUUUCCUCAUGAAGCCUACUUGAUGCAGCAGUACGCGACCAUGGAGUCACAGAGCAGCAAAUCUAAGAAGAAGGACAAGAGUCAGAAAAUGAACAAAAAACUGACGCAAAGCAUGAAUGGAUUAGAUGAUCCUAACCUUGGAGACGAGAGUCCAUUCAAUACUGGGAUCUAUAAGAAGAAGGGACAUCUUAAUGAGAGGGCAUUUUCGUAUUCCAUAAGACAAGAGCACAGGAGUAGGAGUUAUGGUUCAUUGGCUAAUUUGAAAUUUGCUACACCGAUACCGAAUGGGGUCCAUGAUGUGGAAGACAGAGAGGAUAUAAAAAAAGAACGUGAAAUAAUGCAGAUGGUUCAAGAUUUAGAUCUUUCGGGAGACGAAAUUGAGAGAUCUGAGGUACCAAGAGGAAUGUAUGAACCAAGGAAUAUACCACCUGCACCUGUCCUAGUGACAGCUCCUCAAAUGAACGGAAUGAAUGGUAGGAGUUAUAAAAGAUGAAGAAAAAGGACGACGGCCUGUCCGAGAGCCAACAGUUAACAAUAUUCGAGAAAAAUCCGUAAGAAGAGGUAUUCGGUGAUUGACAAAGAUAGGUGAAUAGCCUGGUGGCUGUAUUGCAAUGCAACAAGAUUAAAUUAAACGAAAAAAGAAUUUUAUAUUCAAUUUUAUCAUUUAUAUGUAUAUUUUUUUAUUCAUUACUUUUAAAACGUUUUAUCUGAGAAGAAGACGGGGAUCAUCACAAUUUUGAUUCUCUUAUGAUCAUUAUGAUAAGGAAAAGAUGUCACCUGUCAUUAAUAUUUUCAAUAUGAUUUAAGAUUGUGUAUAUAUUUUAGUUUCAUUUACACUAAAAUAUUUCCUUUAUAGGAAUUCAUUCAAUGAGUAAUAUUUGAAUAUCCUAUUCCACUAGACCAUCUUUCUGUAUAACACCUAGAUUAAUUAGUUUUUAGAAAUUCAAAUUUGUUCUUAAAUUUUGCCUUCAUAUUCACGUAAGAAUGAAAAGUUGGGUAACUAAAAAGAAUUUCCUCAAGUGCCAUUUUAGUUUUUGUUUUUCAUUUUGAGGAACCUUUUUAUAUGUAUGCUAAUGAAAUAUUGUUGAGACAGAUUUGACGUAGUAAUCGCAUCAUGAAAUUGUAACUGUAAUUUCAUUGACUUGUACAUUUUGAAGGUUUAUUGAUUUAUUCAACUGAUGUAUAUAAUAAAUGAUUAUUGA